GGCCUGCGUGGGGAGGGCGGGCUCGGCGCGGCGCGCGUGGAUGCCCGGGGAGCUGCGCGCCGGCGCCCCGUCUCUGUCCCCUCCGGAGCUUGACCAUGGCCAGUGGCAGCUGUCAGGGGAGCCAGGACGAGGAAACUCUGAAGAAGUUGAUAGUCAGGCUGAACAACGUCCAGGAGGGAAAGCAGAUAGACACUCUGGUCCAAAUCCUGGAGGACAUGCUGGUGUUCACGUACUCCGACCACGCUGCCAAGUUGUUUGAAGGCAAAAAUUUCCACGUGCCUCUGUUGAUCGUCUUGGACUCCUAUAUCAGAGUGGCGAGUGUGCAGCAGGUGGGUUGGUCACUUCUAUGCAAAUUAAUAGAGGUCUGUCCAGGUACACUGCAAACCUUAAUGGGCCCCCAGGAUAUUGGAAAUGAUUGGGAAGUCCUCGGUGUACACCAACUGAUUCUUAAAAUGCUGACAGUUCAUCACUCCAAUGUAAACCUGUCAACAGUUGGACUAAAGGCCUUAGAUCUCCUCCUAAAUUCAGGAAAAAUCACACUGCUAAUAUUGGAUGAAGAAAGUGAUAUUUUCUUGUUAAUUUUUGAUGCCAUGAGCACAUUUUCAAGCAAUGAUGAAGUCCAGAAACUGGGAUGCAAAGCUUUACAUGUGCUAUUUGAGAGAGUUUCUGAGGAACAACUGACUGAAUUUGUUGAGAACAAAGAUUAUAUGAUAUUGCUAAGUGCAUUAAACAGUUUUAAAGAUGAAGAGGAAAUUGUGCUUCAUGUACUUCACUGUUUACAUUCCCUAGCAAUUCCAUGCAGUAACGUUGAAGUCCUCAUGAGUGGCAAUGUCAGAUGUUACAAUAUUGUUGUAGAAGCCAUGAAAGCAUUCCCUGUCAGUGAGAAAAUUCAAGAAGUGAGUUGCUGCUUGCUCCAUAGGCUUACAUUAGGUAAUUUUUUCAAUAUCCUGGUACUAAAUGAGGUCCAUGCUUUUGUGGUGAAAGCAGUGCAGCAGUAUCCAGAGAAUGCAGUGUUACAGAUCUCAGCACUUAGCUGUUUAGCGCUCCUCACUGAGACCAUUUUCUUAAAUCAAGACUUAGAGGUGAAGGAUGAGAACCAGGAGAGUGAGGAGGAGGAGGAGGAGGAGGAAGAUAAAUUGUUUUGGCUGGAAGCCUGUUACAGGGCCUUAACGUGGCACAGGAAGAAUAAGCACGUGCAGGAGGCCGCAUGCUGGGCCCUGAAUAAUCUGCUUAUGUACCAAAGCAGUUUACACCAGAAGAUUGGGGAUGAAGAUGGCCAGUUCCCGGCUCACAGGGAGGUGAUGCUGGCCAUGCUUAUGCACUCUUCAUCCCAGGAGGUGCUGCGGGCCUCGGCAGCUGCACUAUCCACACUCUUGGAACAAAACGUUAAUUUCAGAAAAAUCCUGCUGUCCAAAGGAAUAUACCUGAAUGUUUUGGAGUUAAUGCAGAGGCAUAUCCAUUCUCCAGAAGUGGCUGAAAGUGGCUGUCAAAUGCUAAAUCAUCUCUUUGAAGGAAGCAACACUUCCCUGGAUACAAUGGCAGCGUUGAUCCCCAAGAUAAUAACAGUUAUGAAAAGUCAUGAAACAUCAUUGUCAGUGCAGCUGGAGGCCCUGCGAGCCAUUUUACAUUUUAUAGUACCAGGUAUGCCAGAAGAAUCCAGAGACGAAUCUCAGUGUAAACUGGAUAUGGUUAAGAAACAGUGUUUAAAAAAUAAUAUUCACAAACUGGUUCUAGCAGCUUUAAACAGGUUCAUUGGAAAUCCUGGGAUUCAAAAAUGUGGGUUGAAAGUAAUUUCUUCUAUAGCACACUUUCCUGAAGCAUUAGAGAUGUUAUCCUUGGAAGGUGCUAUUGAUUCCGUGUUUCACACCCUGCAGAUGUAUCCAGAUGACCAAGAAAUCCAGUGUCUGGGUUUAAGUCUUAUAGGAUGCUUGAUUACAGAGAAGAAUUUAUGCAUAGGAGCUGGGCAUCUGGUGGCAAAAAUUCUGGUUUCCAGUUUACAACGAUUUAAAGAUGUUGCUGAAGUGCAGAUUAAAGGAUUUCAGACAAUCCUGGCAAUACUUGAAUUGUCAGUAUCUUUUUCCAAACUGCUAGUGCACCAUUCCUUUGAUUCAGUAAUAUUCCAUCAGUUGUCUUCUGGUAACAUGGAACAGAAGGAUCAACAGUUUCUCAGCCUAUGUUGCAAGUGUUUUGCAAAAUUAGCUGUGGAUGAGGAGUUAAAAAAUGUGAUGCUGGGGAGAGCAUGUGAUCAGAACAAUAGCAUCAUGGUUGAAUGCUUGCUUCUACUGGGAGCUGAUGCCAAUCGAGCAAAGGAGACUACAGCUUUAAUUUGCCAGGUGUGUGAGAGGGAGAGCAGUCCCAAAUUGGUGGAACUGUUACUCAAUAGUGGAUCUCAUGAGCAAGAUGUCAGGAAAGCAUUGACCAUAAGUAUCCAGAAAGGUGACAGCCAGAUCAUCAGCUUACUCUUGAGGAGGCUUGCCCUGGAUCUGGCUAACAACAGCGUUUGUCUUGGAGGAUUUUGUAUAGGAAAAAUCGAACCUUCAUGGCUUGGUCCUUUAUUUCCAGAUAAGACAUCUAGUUUAAGAAAACAAACAAAUACAGGAUCCAUGCUAGCAAGAAUGGUGCUCAGAUAUCAGAUGAAAAGUGCUGUCGAAGAAGGAGCAGCCUCAGGCGGUGGUGGGAAUUUUUCUGAAAAUGUACUUGAUAAAUUUGAUGAUUGGACCUUCAUCCCAGAUUCUUCUAUGGACAGUGUGUUUGGUCAGAGUGAUGAUCUGGAUAGUGAAGGAAGUGAAGGUUCAUUUUUUGCAAAAAAGAAAUCAAAUUCAGUUAAUGUAGGAGAAUUUUACCGAGAUCCUGUGUUGCAGCGCUGCUCUCCAAAUUUGCAAAGACAUUCCAGUUCAUUGGGGCCUAGUUUUGAUCAUGAAGAUUUCCUGAGGAGAAAAAGAAAACUGUUGUCUUCAGAUGAUUCGCUCAGGUCAUCAAAACUUCAACCCUAUAUGAGGCAUUCGGACAGCGUUUCUUCCAUAGCUUCUGAGAGAGACUAUAUUACAUCACUAGACCUUUCCGCCAAUGAACUCAGAGAUAUUGAUGCCCUGAGCCAGAAAUGCUGCAUAAGUGGCCAUCUGGAGCACAUCGAGAAGCUGGAGCUCCACCAGAAUGCACUCACAGGCUUCCCACAACAACUCUGUGAAACUCUGAAGUGUUUGACACAUUUGGAUUUGCACAGUAACAAAUUUACAUCAUUUCCUUCUUACUUGUUGAAAAUGAAUUGUAUCUCCAAUCUUGACGCCUCUCGGAACAACAUCGGACCCUCCAUAGUUUUAGAUGCCUCGGUGAGGUGUCCCACCCUCAAACAGUUGAACCUGUCGUACAAUCAGCUCUCUUCUGUCCCUGAGAACCUCCCAGAUGUGGUAGAGAAGUUGGAGCAGCUCAUUUUAGAAGGUAAUAAAAUAUCAGGGAUAUAUUCUCCCUUGAGUCUGAAGGAGCUGAAGAUUUUAAACCUUAGUAAAAACCACAUUUCAUCCCUACCAGAGAACUUUCUUGAGGCUUGCCCAAGAGUGGAGAGCUUCAGUGCCAGAAUGAAUUCUCUUGCUGCUAUGCCUUUCUUGCCUUCUUCUAUAACAAGCCUAAAAUUGUCUCAAAACAAAUUCACGCGUAUUCCAGAUGCAAUUUUAAAUCUACCACACUUACGGUCUUUAGAUAUGAGCAGCAAUGAUAUCGAAUAUCUGCCAAGUCCUGCAAACUGGAAGUCUCUGAACUUAAGAGAGCUCUUAUUUAGCUACAAUCAGAUCAGCAUCUUGGACUUGAGUGAAAAAGCAUGCACAUGGUCCAGAGUAGAGAAACUGCAUCUUUCUCAUAAUAAACUGAAAGAGAUUCCUCCUGAGAUUGGCUGUCUUGAAAAUCUGACCUCUCUUGAUGUUAGUUACAACAUGGAACUGAGAUCCUUUCCCAAUGAAAUGGGGAAAUUAAGCAAAAUAUGGGAUCUUCCUUUGGAUGAGCUGCAUCUUAACUUUGAUUUUAAACACAUAGGAUGUAAAGCCAAAGACAUCAUCAGGUUUCUUCAACAGCGAUUGAAAAAGGCUGUGCCCUAUAACCGAAUGAAACUUAUGAUUGUGGGAAAUACUGGGAGUGGUAAAACCACAUUAUUACAGCAGUUAAUGAAAACCAAGAAAUCUGACAUUGGAAUGCAGGGUGCCACAGUGGGCAUAGAUGUCAGAGACUGGCCUAUCCAGAUAAGAGGCAAAAGGAAGAAGGACCUCAUUCUCAAUGUGUGGGAUUUUGCAGGUCGUGAGGAAUUCUACAGUACUCAUCCCCAUUUCAUGACUCAGAGAGCAUUAUACCUCGCAGUCUACGACCUCAGCAAAGGGCAGGCGGAAGUGGAUGCCAUGAAGCCCUGGCUCUUCAACAUAAAGGCUCGCGCUUCUUCCUCCCCGGUGAUUCUUGUUGGCACGCAUUUGGAUGUUUCUGAUGAGAAGCAACGGAAGGCCUGCAUAAGUAAAAUCACCAAGGAGCUCCUGAAUAAGCGAGGGUUUCCUUCGAUUCGAGAUUAUCACUUUGUGAAUGCCACUGAGGAGUCCGAUGCUUUGGCAAAGCUUCGGAAAACCAUCAUAAAUGAGAGUCUUAAUUUCAAGAUCCGAGAUCAGCCUGUUGUUGGGCAGCUAAUUCCAGAUUGCUAUGUAGAACUUGAGAAAAUCAUUUUAACAGAGCGCAAAAACGUGCCAAUUGAAUUUCCUGUAAUUGACCAGAAACGAUUAUUACAACUGGUAAAGGAAAAUCGGCUGCAAUUAGAUGAAAAUGAGCUUCCUCAUGCUGUUCAUUUCCUAAAUGAAUCAGGAGUCCUUCUUCAUUUUCAAGACCCAGCACUGCAGUUAAGUGACUUAUAUUUUGUGGAACCUAAGUGGCUUUGUAAAGUCAUGGCACAGAUUCUGACAAUAAAAGUUGAAGGCUGCCCAAAAUACCCUAAGGGAAUCAUUUCACGUAGAGAUGUGGAAAAAUUUCUUUCAAAGAAGAGGAGAUUUCCAAAGAACUACAUGACACAGUACUUUAAACUCUUAGAAAAAUUUCAGAUUGCCUUGCCAAUAGGAGAAGAAUAUUUGCUGGUUCCAAGCAGUUUGUCUGACCACAGACCUGUGAUAGAGCUUCCCCAUUGUGAGAACUCUGAAAUUAUCAUUAGACUAUAUGAAAUGCCUUAUUUUCCAAUGGGAUUUUGGUCAAGAUUAAUCAAUCGGUUACUUGAAAUUUCACCUUACAUGCUUUCAGGAAGAGAGCGAGCACUUCGCCCGAAUAGAAUGUAUUGGCGACAGGGCAUCUACUUGAAUUGGUCUCCUGAAGCUUAUUGUCUGGUAGGAUCUGAGGUCUUAGACAAUCAACAAGAGAGUUUCUUAAAAAUUACAGUUCCUUCCUGUAGAAAAGGCUGUAUUCUUUUGGGCCAAGUUGUGGACCACAUUGAUUCUCUCAUGGAAGAAUGGUUUCCUGGGUUACUAGAGAUUGAUAUUUGUGGUGAAGGAGAAACUCUGUUGAAGAAAUGGGCAUUAUAUAGUUUUAAUGAUGGUGAAGAACAUCAAAAAAUCUUACUUGAUGAGCUGAUGAAGAAGGCAGAAGAAGGAGACCUCCUAGUAAAUCCAGAUCAACCAAGGCUCACAAUUCCUAUAUCUCAGAUUGCUCCUGACUUAAUUUUGGCUGACCUGCCUAGAAAUAUUAUGUUGAAUAAUGAUGAGUUGGAAUUUGAGCAAGCUCCAGAAUUCCUUUUAGGUGAUGGCAGUUUUGGAUCAGUUUAUAGAGCAGCCUAUGAAGGAGAGGAAGUGGCUGUGAAGAUCUUUAAUAAACAUACAUCACUUCGGCUGUUGAGACAGGAGCUGGUGGUGCUUUGCCACCUUCACCACCCCAGCUUAAUAUCCCUGCUGGCUGCUGGGAUUCGUCCUCGGAUGCUGGUGAUGGAGCUGGCCUCCAAGGGCUCCUUGGAUCGCCUGCUUCAGCAGGACAAAGCCAGCCUCACCAGGACCCUCCAGCACAGGAUUGCGCUUCAUGUGGCUGAUGGCUUGAGGAAGAGCAUGCAGCACCUCAUAGUUGGAGGUCAUAGAGGAUCUACUUUCUUGGAUGUGUGGCCCCUGGUUGUUGGGCGUACUUAUUGCUGUAUCUGCUUUUUUUCAGGGUUCCGUGCUCCUGAAGUUGCCAGAGGAAAUGUCAUUUAUAACCAACAGGCUGACGUUUAUUCAUUUGGUUUGCUGCUCUAUGACAUUUUGACAACUGGAGGUAGAAUCGUAGAGGGUUUGAAAUUUCCAAAUGAGUUUGAUGAAUUAGCAAUACAAGGAAAAUUACCUGAUCCAGUUAGAGAAUAUGGCUGUGCCCCGUGGCCUAAGGUUGAGAAGUUAAUUAAAAAGUGUUUGAAAGAAAAUCCUCAGGAAAGGCCUACUUCUGCCCAGGUCUUUGACAUUUUGAACUCAGCUGAGUUAAUCUGUCUUAUGAGACAUAUUUUGAUACCUAAAAACAUUAUUGCUGAAUGCAUGGUUUCUACGAAUCCUAACAGCAAGAAUGCAAACAUCUGGCUGGGCUGCGGGCACACCGACAAAGGGCAGCUCUCCUGUCUUGACUUAAAUACUGAAGGACACACUUUGGAGGAGGUGACCGAUAGUCGAAUACUGUGCUUAGCUGUGGUGAAUCUUCCUGCGGAGAAGGAGAGCUGGGUUGUGUCUGGGACGCAGUCGGGUUCUCUCCUGGUCAUCAAUACUGAUGAUGGAACAAAGAGACACACUCUUGAAAAGAUGACAGAUUCUGUUACUUGUCUGUAUUGCAAUUCUUUCUCCAAGCAAAGCAAGCAAAAUAAUUUUCUUUUGGUGGGAACUGCUGAUGGCAACUUAGCAAUUUUUGAAGAUAAAACUGUUAAGUGUAAGGGAGCUGCGCCUCUGAAGACACUAAAUAUAGGGGAUGUCAGCACCCCACUGAUGUGUUUGAGUGAAUCCAUGAAUGCAAGUGAAAGGAACAUCACGUGGGGAGGAUGCGGCACAAAGAUUUUCUCAUUUUCUAACGACUUCACGAUUCAGAAAUUAAUUGAGACAAGGACAAAUCAGCUGUUUUCUUAUGCAGCAUUCAGUGAUUCCAACAUCAUAGCAGUGGUGGUAGACACAGCUCUCUAUAUCGCUAAGAAAAAUAGCCCUGUUGUGGAAGUGUGGGACAAGAAAACUGAAAAACUCUGCGAACUAAUAGACUGUGUGCACUUACUAAAGGAAAUAACAGUAAAAGUCAACAGGGAAUCAAAACACAAAAUGUCCUAUUCUGGGAGAGUGAAAACUCUGUGCCUUCAGAAGAACACUGCUCUCUGGAUAGGAACUGGAGGAGGCCACAUUUUACUCCUGGAUCUUUCCACUCGUCGAAUCAUACGUAUAAUUUACAACUUUUGUGAUUCCGUUAGAGUCAUGAUGACAGCACAGUUAGGAAGCCUUAAAAAUGUCAUGCUGGUUUUGGGGUAUGACCAGAAAAGUACUGAAGGCUUACAACACCAAAAAGAGAUACAAUCUUGUUUGUCAGUUUGGGACAUCAAUCUUCCACAUGAAGUGCAAAAUUUAGAAAAACACAUUGAAAUGCGACAAGAAUUAGCUGAAAAAAUGAGAAGAACAUCUGUUGAAUAAGUGGGAUAUCAGAAAUUUUUGUGUUUGGAUGAGAAAAUUGUUCCUUGUAAAUAAUUCUUUUAAAAUGUUUAUAUUGAGAAGGAAACUUCUACUCUUUGAAGUAGCUCUUGUAUAUAUGAAGGAAUGUUUAUAUGUUUAUUUUUAAGUUAAAUAUAUGUAAAAUAGCUACCAGUGAAAAUGUCUUAUAAGGAAUUAUUUAAAAUACAGUAUUAUAUUAUCUAUAUACCCUAAUUAAUUUGGUGAGUUAAUUAAAAUAAAUCUAUGAAGUAAUUAAUUGCAGUACUCACACUAAAGUAACAAAGUAAUCACUUUUGCUUUACUGUCCAUACGAAGAUAAACUUUAGUUUAAAUUCUAUGCUUAAUUACAGGACUGCGUGCUUAUUUUCUGGCAAUUCUGCAGGGUAAAAUAAAAAGAUUUGGAGCUGGGUAGUGCACAUCUGUAAUCCCAGCACUCAGCAGGCUGAGGCAGGAAGAUCACUGUGAGUUUGAGGCCAUCUGGGCUACUUAGUGAGUUUAAGACCAGCCUGGCUGAACUGUAUAGUGAGACCCUGUCUAAAAAACAAAAGCAAAACAUAUAUUUGGGCAGUUCCUCAUGUAAUAUAUUCUUUCUUAGAUUGCUUUUAAUCACAUAUGCUUAUAAAUUCUCAAAUGAACUUUUGGUAAUAAAGCCUGUAGUUAGGACAUAAAUUCUCUGUUUUUGCUAAUGUAAACAGUGUAUUUCAUGCGACUUCAUCUACAGGAAAGGCAUUAAAACUGCUGAUGAGAAAACAUGACAGUCAUACUCCUCAUUUCAGAGACUAUAUAAUCACUCUCUCUUUUACUAUUUUUAAAUUCUGUCUUUGAAUGUGGAUACCCUAAAAUUUAUAUAUCAAGUGUGAGUACAGUGUCAAAUCCCUGAAGUGAUAUUUUUAUGGUUUUGUUUUGAUUUUCAGUGAUAAACUGGACCACUGGCUGCUUGUUUCCAAAUUUGCUUUGCUCUAAUUCUUCUAUUUAUAUUUUUCCUAAAUUUGUUACUCUGCACAUUAUAUUCUGCAUCAUUUAGACAGAAUUCUAUUUUUAGAAUCAUAGUAUUCCCCAACUCCUACUACCAGUUAGGGUAGAGGAACAGAUUUAAUAUAGAAUAUGUAUAUAUAUAUGUAUAUGUAAAGGAUUUAGAAGGUAGGUGUUCAGUGGCUGCCUAUAGAGUGAGAUGUGGAAGCGUGCAAAGGGGCUGACUGUGUGCUGGAGAAACAAGAGGAUGCAGUCACAAGUCAAAGGCCCGAAGCUCACUGCAAAGUGCUGCAGGAAUUUGUAUUAGGAAGCCCAAGCGUCUGCACUGGAAAGCUGAAGAGUCUGUGUGGGAGGCCUGGAGACAGAUGUUCAAAGGCAGUGGCAAAGACAGGAGCUCUUUGGAAUAAGUGGAAGCAAGACUUCCUUCUUCUUUCCCUUUUUACUUCAUCUAGGCUACAAGCUUAUUGAUUGGUAUCACACCUACAAUGGGGCUUCCUGCUUCUGUAAGUCAGUCAUCCGGACACACCCAGAGCUGUGCUAAACCCAUCUGCUGGUGUUUCUUAUUCAAAUGGCUAUCACAACUAUCACGUCCAAGAUUAUGGGAAGAAAUACAUAACUCACUCUUCAGUUCACUGAAGAAAAUGAAACAUUAGCUAUGAUGAGCAAAACCAGCUGCUAACCUGAUCUAAAUUAGAUCUAAAUUGUUUAAAUGUCUUUCCACAGGAGGAGAGCUGCUGCCAAAUACAGAUGUAAUAAUUUGAGUAUCAUUUCUGUCUUUGAAAAUUGGCAAAUUCAUUGACACUCACCAAAAUACAUCAUUUCAAACAAUUCCCUGUGGUAGAAUAACAAGGCUAUAUAAUAUUCUCAGAAAUUACUGGCAUUUUAUUAUAUAAAGACUUUAAAUUUCCUUCUAUUAAAGGUAAUCAAAUUCUUAACCUUCACAGAUUUUCCACUUUUCAAAGGGACCCAUUCUUUAAUUUAUUAUGUAAUUACUAACAAAACAUCCAUACAUAAUGGGGGUCUUUAUUCCUGGAUUCUCUGUCAUUAUUUUUUAUGUAUAUGGAACUUUUAAAACCAAAGAGUUAUGCAAAAAAUAUGUAAAUGAACAUUGUAUUUAAGUAGACGAAUAAACAUUUUAAAGCAUGUUUAUGAUUUUUAAAACUGUGAGAGUGUU